AUGCCCGCCAACUAUAAAGCCAUCACCCAUCCGCCCUCCCCUCCCCAUCCUCCAUCUCCCGCCGCCCGCCACACAUCACCCCCGCCGCCGUCCCACCCACCACAGGCCGCACACCGCGACCGCCCCGCGCCCCACCUCGCCAGCACACAGCCCCCCGACGCCCUCCAGCCGUCGCCCACCGGGCCAGACGCGCAUCCGCCAGAGCACGACGUGCGCAUCAAGGCAGACCCUGCUCCGCCCCAAUCCACCCCGCCGUAUCCCGAUCAUCGCUGGCACCCCCACCCGUACGCGUUCCACCCCGUGUACACGUACCCGCCGCCGCCCCAGCCCGAGUACCACUACCGGCUCAUGCCCCACCGCGUCGAAGCUGACCGACACUCCGCCCACCACUCGGAAGACGGCCACUACCCGCGCAUGCACUCCCAGCCCACCCCGCCCCCCAUCGCCACCCUCCACCACUCCCCCGCCAUGUCCACCUCCAGCCUCGCCAGCUCCUCCAUCUCCCCCUCUCCCCCGGUGAGUCUCCACCCGCACUCACACUAUCCCUACCCGCCGCACCCCUACUCCUACUCCCCGCCCGAGCACCGCCCUGACCACGACCCGUCCCUCCCCGCGCACCAGCUCCCCCAGCCCGGCAACGCGCCGUACUACACCCACCCCCAGUCCGCGAGCGUCGGCCCCCCGGGCGGCGGCUAUACCUACGCGCCGCAGGGCGCCCCAAGCGCGCGCUACGCCCCCGCAGACGCAGGCUCGCCCUAUGCGCACGGCGGCACUGGCCUCAUGCGCACUGUCCGCCCGACCUAUGGCGCCCACGCCCAGCCCGCGUAUCCCGGCCAGCCGAACUACAUCAUCUACACGAACGACGCCGCGACGAAGCUCUCCGACCGUGUCCGGCGCAAGUGCUACAACUGCCACACCACGGACACGAGCACCUGGCGGCGGUCGAGCCUUACGCCCGGAAAAGUGCUCUGCAACAAAUGCGGUCUCUUCGAACGCACGCACUCCCGCCCGCGGCCUGACCAGUUCCCGCACAAGCGCGGCCCGCUCGUCACCGCGUCGUUCAAGUCGUCAGCCCGCUCGCCCCCGCCGGGCUCUGCCGGUCGCCUCCCGCCGAUGACGACCGGGGCCCCGCACCAUGGAGGACACCACCACCACGGGCACGGCGGUGUGCAGGCGUUCCCGCCGCACCACGCGAACCACGCGUCCAUUGCGCCGCUGAUGAACCAGAGCCAGGGCCAGCGCGAGGUGCAGCCUCAGUAUUACUCGCAGGAGCAGGUUCAGCAGCAGCAGGAAGGCCAGGGCAACGCGAGCACCCUGCCCGAGAUCCGCUCGUUGCUGAACACGCCUGUGGGCGGGAGCCCCGCAUCGGUGUCUGCGCAGGAGAGCGUGGACGGCCAGGCGCAGCAGCAUCAGGUGGAGGCUCAGGUGGAUGGGAGCCCGAGGGAGCGGAGGGAGGUGUACCGGGCGCAGGCUUGA